AUGGCUAUAAUAGAGCAGCAGAACGUGUCCGAAGAGAAGCUCCUCUUGCCCUGCUGCGGAGGUUUCCCUCAACCCGCCUCUCUUCCGCAGCAGCAGAGCGCAGGGAUAAAAGGAAAUUACUACAAUCAAGGAGAGAUUCGUAAGAAAGAACUGGAACAGAGUUGUUUUCUUCUGGGGAUUCCUGCUUCUGAUGUAAUGGUUGUUGAUCACAGGGAUCUUCCGGAUAAUCCUGCUGUUGAAUGGGACACACAGCUCCUUGCCGCCUUUGUGCUGAAGCAUAUAGAAGCCAAUAACAUCAACCUGGUGGUAACCUUUGAUGCAGGAGGAGUGAGUGGUCAUGCUAACCACAUUUCUCUUUACACUGCUUUAAGGUACCUGCAUUCAGAGCGGAAGUUACCUGAAGAGUGCCAUGUGCUUGUGCUUGAAUCAGUGAAUCUCUUCCGGAAGUACAUCUCCGUGCUGGAUGUACCCAUUUCCUGCCUCCUGCCCAGAGAUGUGCUCUUCAUACUCACAGAGGAAGAGACUGAACAAGCCCGGAGAGCCAUGCGGUGUCAUCGCAGCCAGCUCCUCUGGUUUCGCCACAUUUAUAUGCUUUUCUCACGUUACAUGAUGAUCAAUUCACUCCGCCUUCUGUAAAAGAGAUGCUGCUCACAACUUCAGG